AUGGAGAGACAAAAAAGCUUGGAAACAAGUUUACUAAGGAAGAGUCAAAGCAUAAGAGAGAAGAAACAUACAAAAGAAGAUGUUUUGCUUAGAAAGAGUCUAAGCAUAAGAGAAAGGAAAGCCCCAAACGACAAUGGUUAUCUCGAAAACGGGUUUACACCAAAGGGACAUCCAAACAAUAAGGAAUUUCACAAACAUCAAAGUGAAGAUUGUGAAUCUUCUGUUACAGUUUCUGUUUGUAUUAUCACCUUUAUCGUCGUCACUGGUUCUUUCUGCGUUGGCUGUGGUAUUGGUUUUUCAUCGGUUGCUCAACACGGAAUUAUGAAUGAAUUAUCUCUUUCCGUAGCAGAAUAUUCAAUGUUCGGGUCAAUUAUGACACUAGGAGGACUCAUUGGUGCAAUAUUUAGCGGUAAAAUCUCUGAUGUUUUGGGAAGAAAACGGACAAUGUUAUUUUGUGAAGCCUUCUGCGCAAUAGGCUGGCUCUUUAUCGCAUUGGCUCAGGAUGCGUUAUGGCUUGAUUGUGGGAGAUUAUUACUUGGAAUCGGCGUUGGUAUCUUUAGCUACGUGAUUCCAGUAUAUAUCGCGGAAAUAGCACCAAAACAUGUUCGAGGAUCGUUCGUGUUUGCCAAUCAGCUAAUGCAAAAUUGUGGGCUUUCACUGUUUUUCAUCAUUGGAAAUUUCAUUCCAUGGCGAAUACUAUCAAUAGUUGGUUCAGUUCCAUGUGUUAUUCACAUCAUUUGUCUAUGCUUCAUUCCUGAGUCUCCAAGAUGGCUGGCAAAAGUUGGACGUGAUAAAGAGUGCAGAGCUGCCCUACAACAACUAAGAGGCCAUGACGUUGAUAUUUCACAUGAAGCUAACACAAUUAGAGAUAUGACGGAAAUUUCCAAACAAAAUGGUGAAAAAACUCAAAUUAUGGAACUGUUUCAGAGGCGAUAUGUAUUUCCAUUAAUUAUCGGAGUCGGUUUGAUGCUCUUGCAACAACUCUCUGGCAGCUCAGGAGUUGUCUAUUAUGCUAGUAGUCUUUAUGAAAGAGGAGUAGCAAGCAAUUACAAAAUAAAAGGCAAAAGGACUAUUGGUACAUCUGUAAUGGCCACAAUCAUGGCUUCUUGUGCUGGAAUGUGCCUGUUUGCUUUGCUCUUAAGUGUUUCCUACAGCUUUCAGUCAUUGGGCAUUCUGCCUGAACUCACUCCAAUCUUCACUUGCAUCAGCUUACUGGGUUAUGCUAUAACAUAUGCAAUGGGAAUGGGAGUACUACCAUGGAUUAUAAUGUCUGAGAUAUUUCCAAUGAACGUUAAAGUUUCAGCUGGAACCUUAGUUACUGUCACCAACUGGGCAAUUGGUGGGGUUAUAACUUUCAGCUUUAAUUUUUUAAUUCAGUGGAGUGCAUCAGGAACAUUUUUAAUUUUUGCAAUCGUCUCAGCCGUAUCGAUUCUAUUUAUCUAUUUCCUAGUGCCUGAGACAAAAGGGAGAUCACUGGAAGAAAUACAAACAUUGCUUUCGACUUCAACGCACUGAUAUCGAUCAAAUUGUCACUAUAUCUUUAUUUGCCCUUACAAGAAGAAUUAUAUAUACAUUAUGUAACGUUUAUGUAAAAGUUUUGAUGUAUUGGGUAAGUAGAUGGAGACUUUAAUUGCUAAAAUAAAAUUAUGUAUUGGGGGAAAAGUAUAGUAAAUUUUUA